UCCCAAACUUGGCAUCUGAGAGAAUUGGCUUGUACUUUUGAGUAAUGGGCAGAAAGAUUUGAAUUUUAAUGCAAAAGUGUAAGGAAUGGAUGGGAGUGUACUCUCUCCAUCUUCUUUAUAUUUCCUUUCAUAAUGUUUAUUGCCAUUCUUAUAUUCAACUUCUUACAGGGAAAUUUUUGUUGUAUCAGAGUUGUUUCUAUUUUUUAUUUUUUUUUAUUAAGUAUGGUUUUCUUAUUUUUUAUUUUUCUUUGGGAGAUGGGAAGGACUGUUUUAUUAAUAGAGGAGAACUGAACAGGGUUAGGUGGAGGGAGAGGCUAUAAGUAUAAGAAGAGGUCUUUUGUGUUCCCUGAGGUUUCAGUACCGCAAACAAGGGCCGAGAUAGGGAUUCUAUCUGUUGUUUUUCUCUUUUUUUUUUUUUUAAUCCAGUUGGCUACUUAGAUUGCUAGCAUUGUUUAGCUUUCACAUUCACCUGGCAAUAUCCAUUAUCAUCAUCAAUCAUGGCUUCAUCUAACAGACACUGGCCUAGCAUGUUCAAGUCCAAACCCUGCAACACUCACCACCAAUGGCAACAUGACAUCAACCCAUCUCUCAUGUCAACUCCAUGCCAGAGAACCCCAUAUGCACCAGUGCCAGGUUGCGAAGAGAGGAGUCCCGAACCGAAGCCGAGAUGGAACCCUAAACCGGAGCAGAUACGCAUACUCGAAGCGAUAUUCAACUCGGGAAUGGUGAAUCCACCCAGAGACGAGAUAAGGAAGAUACGAGCUCAGUUACAGGAAUACGGCCAAGUCGGCGAUGCCAACGUCUUCUACUGGUUCCAAAACAGGAAAUCAAGAAGCAAGCACAAGCAACGACACCUCCAGUCUGCAAAAUCCCAGGCUCAAACUGCUCCGGUCACCACUUCCCCAGCCCCAGCCCCAGCCGUCGCUGUGCAAGCGUCAUCUUCCUCCUCUUCAUCGGAGAAGUCACCUCCGAGGAGAACCGAUAAGCCUCUCCCGGCGGGUGGGGACAAUGUGAUCGAAGCAUCUAAUUCUCCGACGACUUCGGUUAACCAGACCUAUUUCCAGCCCCAGCUCCACGUGGACUUCAACCCAGAACCCUUCUUCUUCCCGGUGCAGUCUCCGUCCUUUUCGCAGGGAUUUUGCUUCUCCGAGCUAUCGAACGUCGUUCAAAUCCCUGAUCAACUCACUAAUCCUUGCCCAGAUAGUCUCCUUCUUAACGACCUGAUUAAUCAAGGAGCUCCGAAGAAGGAUGAUCAAGUAAAGAUGAAAUUGAACCAGCAACUCAGCAGCUACACCACCAUCACUACUGCGCCAGUGACUACUACAACUACAGGAUAUACUACAGCUCUCAAUCAAAUACAAGGGGUUGGCGAAUCAGGUGGAAAUGGAAUGAUUCCGGCUGCAGCGGUGAAAUCAACGGUGUUCAUAAACGACGUGGCCUUCGAGGUGGCUGUGGGACCCUUGAACGUGCGUGAGGCUUUUGGAGACGACGCCAUCCUCGUCAACUCGUCCGGCCAGCCGGUCCUCACCAACGAGUGGGGCGUUACUCUACAAUCCCUCCAGCACGGCGCAUUUUACUAUCUUUGGCGCACGGUUUAGGAAUUAAAGUGGCUGAGACAAAGAGAUGAAGUUGCAUCAAAUGGGCUGCUUGCUUUGUGCUUCCUUCAGUCUUAGGUUUCUUAGGUUUUCUGAUAUCAGAUAAGAAGAUGAAUGUAAUGUAGUGACCUUGAUUAUAUAUAAGACAGAUCUUUGGAAGGAUAUUGUAGUUUUUUAUUA